GUUAACAAUAGCCUAGCACUCUGUGAGGUUUUAUUAAAAACGGCGUCGUGGCGAGCUACACUUGAAAUUUUGAAAAUUACAAAAUCGAAAUUGGGAUUAUACUAAUCGACGCGGAGACGAAUUUGGCGUAUGGUGUUUUAGCAAAGUGGAUUCUAGUUUGCUUCGCGAGUCUGUUCACCGGCUAUAUAGGGCUGGCUAUGUGCGAAACGUUACCCUAGCAGAUGUGGUGUAUAAGUUGUCAACACUGGACAGUGAUAUCAAGUGCGUUUAUCACCUGUGAUUGUUGGUCUAGGAUUUUUUCAGAAUUUUAAAUGACUACAGAGGACAAAAGGGCGCAUUAUUGGCUACUCCUCCUGGUUUACACCUCCCUAGCUAUAGAAACGGCCCACAGCUCGAUAAGAACUUGCAACUUACACUCGGGCGCUAAGGAAUGCGAUCAGCACUGUCAAAAAGUCGCAUCGAAAGGCAAGGAGGUGUGCUCCCUGUCCUGUAAACGAAAUAAUGGCACGGCGCUCGCGUUUUGCAACCAAGUCUGUGACCCAUCUGACGGGAAUAGCAAAAAAUGUUCAUUUCAUUGCGAUGCCUCCAAGGAGUGUGUUCAACAAUGCACGCAGGGACACUGCAGACAUAUGAAAUGCGGACGAAGUCGAGGCUACUGUGAACAAUAUUGCACGGGGGGCGCGUGCAAGAAUAUGGUCUGCCACUCGGAUAACUGCUUUCAAAAUUGCAGAACUGGGGGAUGUAAAAUGAGAUGCGGACCUCAUGUCAAGUACUGCGAACAGGUCUGCACGGGCGGUAACUGUCAGAUCACUUGCGAGGGCAAGACAUGUCGGGCUUAUUGCCCUGACGGCACUUGCGAGACCCGCGGACCAAACUCCGCCAUUCAAACGCAGUGCAACGUAAAGAAUCCGAGCGAAAAACAUCUAUGUGUGCAAUCGUGUGAUUCCACAGGGUGUUACUGUAAGGCUGAUGCACAUUACAAGUACUGCAAACAAGCGUGUAGAGGAGAAACGUGUCGAUCUAUCACAUGCCAUUCAAAGAGGUGCAAACAGCACUGCGGGAGUAACUGCUCGCUCACGUGCAGCGCGGAUCAUUGCGAACAGGAAUGUUCGGGAAGCGGCUGUGUCCUCUCGUGCUCAGGGCAUGUGCGCACGUGCAAGCAGAUCUGCAAGAAAGGGCACUGCGAAUUCAACUGUGCGGCGAAAGAGUGCCGCAAUGAAUGCGUGCCGUCCGGGACGUGCACAUUCAACGAGAUCGGAGACGCAAAGGGGUCGCAUCUGGACGCGAAAUGCGACUACCGUCAUAACGGCCAGUGUGAACCACCUUGCAAAGCAUGCGUGUUCGGAGGGCAGGACUUGAAAUGCACGGGAACGAACGGCGAGAAAUGUGAUCAGAAUUGCCUCGGAGGCCUGUGUAAGAACGUCAAGUGCUCGUCGGAGAAAAGUUGCCUGCAGAAUUGUCCUGGCGGGGAGUGUGGGAACAUGGACUGUAGGAGCCCCUCGUGCGACCAGCGUUGCUCGGGAGGCAACUGUGCCAAAAUGGAAUGCAACGGAGAAAAUUGUACUCAGGUUUGCUUGGGCAACUGCAAGAAGAUGGUAUGUAAUUCGCCCGUGUGCCAUCAGUACUGUUUCAUCGGAGGGUGUAAUUUCGAAUGUGGACCGAACGUGACCACAUGCCAGCAAACUUGCUAUUCGGGACUUUGUAAUUUCGUUUGUUUGGGCGCCGAGUGCAAAAGUACUUGCCCCGAGGGGAUCUGCCUUAGUAUGGUGCACGGCUCCGGCGUAACGGGCAUGCACCAGUAUUUGUACAUUAUUUUGAGUCUGCUUGUGAUUGCAGUGUACAGAGUAUGAUAAUGAUAGCGUCUAUAAAUAUUGGCCGUGUUUACAUUAGAGAUGAUCCUUCAUGGGCGAUAAGAGAAACUAUUGCCUUGUAGCUAAUUCGUCUCGAUAUACAAGUGUGGCGAACGUCUGUCUAUAGGUCCAAGUGUAAUAAUAUUAUGGCAACAGACCAAAUAUCAUAGGAAAAUACUAUCAUUUGAUAGGACCUCAUCUCUGGUAUAAACUAGGUCAUUGAUAUCCCUGUAUUUGAUAUUUGUAUAUAAUAUAUUAUAAGUUAACCUCUAAGGAAAAAAACCUAUUACGAAGUGAUAUUGUAUUUUCUGUGUUCGAAAAAGAGGGAAAAUGGAAUUAAGAUGUAGACUGGUUAGGAGUAUUUUGUUGUCGAAACUGUUCUUAAUGAGUGUUGGUGAUAUGAA